UACGUGCCGUUUGUUCCUUAAGCAAGGCCUACAAGUUAUAUUGCUUUCCUCACGGCACUUUCUCGCGCUGCUGUCGACAUAUCCAAUGGUAUACCAAUAAUAGGGGAGGGUUAUUUAUGCAACGUUGGUUAGCCCAGGCCGGGCUGAGUGUGGUCGACAGCAUGUGCAUGGUUCUCGACUGAAUAACCAGCCGAAAGGCUUAUGGCGGGUGAUGGCGAUGGCGUCGGCGCACCUGUGCAUGCGCGUGCGUCGUCGGCCUCGCUGCCUAAGGCACACGGGGACGGCACGAAGAGCCGGGAUGUGAGCCUCGCGGACCUGCAGGAGCAGUUCGCCUCCCUCCAGCGCGAUUUUGAUGCCUUCAAGGAUGGCAGCAAGACGCGGCCACCUACACGGUCGGGGCGUCCAGGCUACGACCCGCCGGAAGCGGCGCUAGCACAGCGGCUGGCGGCAAUCCGUGCCGCUGGCGCUGGCGCCGGCAGCGGUGGUGGGGGCGCUGCUGCCCCACGGUCACAGUCCGUGCCUCCCAGUGCUCGCAUGGGGCGCAACGCCUCGCCAGCACCAGACCCAGGUCCCUCACGCCGGCCAGGGGCAGCGGCUGCAGCCGCGCCGGCAGGCGGCGUUGCGGCACCCCCGCAGCGUGCAGCUCCUGCUGCCCGGGCUCCAGCAGCCGCAGCGCGCGGGGCCAACGAGCCCCGUCAGCAGCAGCAACAGCAGUUCCAGUCGCCGCCUCCACAACGGGCGGCCGGCAGGUGGGGUGCGGGGCCGCCGAGCGGGGGCUCGCCUGCGCCCGCUGCGCCGCCUGCCCCCGCCGCUGCGGCGCAGGACUCGUCCGCCCAAAAGAAGAAAAAGGAGCGACCCGCAUGGAACAAUGCAUUUGUUGAGGAGGCGUCGCCGUGGUCUCAGGAGCUAGCGCGGGAGGAGGCGGAGGCAGUGGCUGCCAAGGAGGCGGCGCCAGCACCAGCGCCAGUGCCGGUGAGGGCGAGGGCGCCCAGCGCCGGGCGUAUACCCGCACGGCCGAGCAGCAGCGGCCGGGCUGCGGCGGCGCCGCCUGCACAGCAACCACAGGCAGGGAUGCGGGCACGGGCACCGUCGCCGCCAUCUGCCCGAGCGCGGGCUGCGGCUGUGGCUGCUGCCAAGGAGGCGGCUCUCCAGCAACAACAGGCAGAGCAGCAGCAGGGCGUGCGGCAGCAGAUGGCGCGUGGCGGCAUGAUGCUGGUUAUUCCCUCCGGCCCUGUGGCGGCGCCGCAGCCAAGCGGUGGAGGCGCAAACGCCGGCGCUCGCAAUAGCCCGGCGCGUGGCAGCCAAAUCCCGUCGCCCUCUUUGGGUCCGAGAGGCCCUGACGGCGAGAACCGGUCAGAGUCACGGCCGCGCACGCAGCAGAGCCGCAUCCCCGUUCCCAGCUUCAACACCCCGCCGCAUCAGCAGCAGCAACAGCAACCACCAGGGAGGGCGGCUGGCGGCUCGGGCUCCGGGGCGGCGCCAGGUGGAGGGCGGGUGGAUCGACUGGUUGUGGAGCACGGGGUGUCGUCGUCCUAUGAUGACCACGACGACUACGGACCGCCCAGCUCCGCUACGCCGGCGGCGACGGCCCCGGCCAGCGACGGCAAGGGCACGCGGCGGCGAAAGCAGUGGGAGGUGCCAGGCGCCGUGAGCGGAGGCGUGGGGAGCAGCAGCAGCACGAGCGACCCCCCAGGACUAGGCGGCGGAGGCGGCGCCUGGUCAUCAUCGGAGGUGCCCAUGCCGCCCGCGCCGCCGCCUGCGGGGUCGGCACGUGGCAGCGGCGCGGCGCCGCCGCCACACCCGCCGCGCCCGAGCAGCAGCAGCGGCGGUGCCGGGGUCUGGCCGCACCCGCCGACACGCGUCCCAACACCGCCCAGCAGCCGGCCACCCAGUCGGCCCGGCAGCCGCCCAGUCAGCCGGCCGCCCAGUCGCCCGCCCAGCCGGCCUGCCAGCACCAAUGGCGAGGGCCCCACGCCGGGUGCCUCGCUCGACUUCGUGGUCACCAACAGCCGCGUGUCCACACCGCCCUCGCGGCCGCCGUCCGUGCCGCCCGCACAGUACGGCUCGCGGCCACCCACCGGCGGCGGAGCUUCUUACGCCGACGACGGCUUUGGCGUGCCCGGGCCGAGCAGCCGCCCGCCCUCGGCCGGCCCGCCUCGCCCGACGGUGUCAGGCAGCGGGGCAGCGGCUGCGGAGCCGAGGUCGGUCGCCUUUACAGUGCAGCACGGCGGCCCGGAGCCGGCGGCCGGCGGCCAGCCUGGAGCUGCCGGCGAGGGAGCUGGCGCGGCGGCUCCGGGGGGCAGCGGCAAGGGUGCGGACUACAUGCGGAAGCUGUCGGCGCUGAAGCGGCCGGUGCCGCACUCCCAGGACCCGCCCAGCCGCAGAACGACGGAGGACCCAUCAGGUGGCGGUGGCGGCGGCGGCGGGGCCGGGGGACAGGGGCGGAAGUGGCUGGAACUGGGGGCGGGAGAUGUGCCGCUGUCGUCGGCACCGGUGGACGCGGUGGGGUCGGGGCCAGCAGCGGUGCGUGCGGUGCGGGGCCGUGUGCUGUCCGCAGGCGCGGAGGCAGCAGCCGCUGCAGCAGAGGCACCGGCAGGCGUGCAUGGGAUCCGGCCGGUGCGGGCGGGCCGCGGCGAUGCCAAACGGCGAAACAGCGAGGGCAACGAGGAGGCAGCGGCGGCGGCGUCAAUGGCGGGUGGCGCACCCGAAGCUCCUCCCUCGCCCACGGCACGCCCCAUGUUGGGCCCGCUGCGUGUGCCCAGCGGCAGCAGCCGUGUGGCUUCGCCGGAUCACAGCGCUGGUGCCGACUCGCCCGGAGCUCAGGGGCAGUGGCCGCGGCUUGGCCCCUCUGGCAGUGGCAUGUCGGCAGGAGGAGGCGCAGCAGCUGGUGGAGUCACUGGGCUGCCGGGUGGCAUCAGUGCAGAGCAGUUCAUGGCGUUUGCAGUGCAGAACCCACAGGUGGCACUGGCGGUGGCACAGGCGGCUCUGAGCGGCAACCCCGCCGCCGCGGCGCAGGCGGCAGCUGGGGCGGGGGGUGGUGCUGCGGGUGCAGCUGGCGGCAGCGGUGGGCCCGGCGGCGGCCGGUCACGGGCGCGUUGGAACGUGCCGACGGAGGCACACGAGCCGCAGCUGGCGCCGUCGGGCUCGCUCAGCGGCGGGCCACAGCCGCCGUGGGCGGCGCCGGCGCAGCCGCUGGCGGCUGCUAUGGUAGCAGCUAACCCCGCGGGUGCGGCAGGAGUGACCUUGAGCAACGACCUGCGACGAGUGAACUCGGAUGGGCAGCGGAGCAUGCAGCAAGCGGCGGCGCGCGCCAGCGGCAUGGGUCUGGACAUGCCGCCGCCGCCCGGGCACUCGUCCCUAGGCGCGCCGCUGCCGUCGUCGGCGUUGGUGCCGGGCGGCCCCACGUACGGACCUGGGCCGCCCAUGCCGCCGGGGGCCCCGGUGGUGCAAGGGCUCUUUCCUGGCGGCAGCGGCGGGGUAGGUGGCGAUGGCGGGUGGCAGGGCGGCGCAGGCGGCCCGCGCGAUCCUGGCUACGGCCCUCCGCCUUACCAGUCCGCUCUGCAGCCCAUGCGGCCAGCCAUGGCGCACCCGCCGCCCGGCAUGUGGGGGCCGGGCCCGCCAGGCAUGGGCGGACCGGGUGGCCCGCCGCCGCCCGGGCCGCACCACGCGGCCCAGCAAUGGGGUGGCUACGGCUAUGGGUCCAACUCGCGCGGCGCGGGAAACUACAUGGGAGGGCCCGGGCCAGACGGCAUACACGGCCCCGGCAUGGGCGGGCCCAUGGGCGCCAUGCCGCCCGACCCAUACAAGCCGCCCUCGUUCAACAAGCGCAACUCGAACGGCUUCCAAGAGGGCCCAGGGCAAUACGGUCCACCUGGCAUGGGGCCUAGCCCAGGUGCUGGCGGGGGCGCCGGCGGGGGCACUGACCUGCCCGACUACAUGCGUGUGUCCAUGUCGCGCAUGGUGGCGGGCUGGUCCGCGCCCAAUGCCCGACACGGCGCGCUCUCGGGCUUCAACGACGUGUGGUCGCAUCGCAACGUGCAGCAGGGCGGCCGGCCGCCGCCAGGCGGGCCCGGCGGCGGCAUGAUGUGGCCGCCGCCGCCGCCGCCGGGUGCAGGUGGCGGCCAGUACAUGGCGGCAUUGGGCGGGCCGCACGGCGCGGGCGGCGGCGGGGGACCCGACUACUACCCUGGUGGGAGAGACGAGGGUUCUUAUGGAGCGGGUGGCGGCGGUGGCGGGCCGCGGGGCACGGGCUUCGAGGGCAUGUCCCUGGCCGAGGUGUUGGCGUCCAAGCCCAAAAAGGAGGUGCCGACGUUUACGAAGAAGCGCACCGGGUAGCAGGCGGCUUGGGGUGGGAGGGUGUGGGCGGCGGUGUUGAUAGUGGGGUUGCAGCUGCUGGAACUGUAUGUGUUUGUUGCGUGUGACUGCGUUUACGGACGCGUUGCGUCCUGUACUGAGAUGUACGGUGUGGGGCACUUGCAUGGUGGUGAAAAUGCUUGAAAAAACGCAACACGCACAAGCGAACAUGACGUUGUAGAGCCGAGGCCAGUGAGCUAGCACAAGCAAAAAGAAAAGCGUGAGCAUGAGCAGCGACCGCAACUGCUACGUUACCUUUGACGAGAUAACCGCGCGCCAAGCUGCGCCACUCCGGCGUCCUAAUGCUUGUGACUCUCAGCUGGUGUAUACGGCUGUCAGAGGCUGGGCUGGCGCAGACUGGCCGCAGACUACCAAGCGAAGGCUGCGAUGCGUUGUGGUGUGGGUGCACGUGCAAGAAUGAAGUGUGUCGCCAGAGCUUGGGGCGGCGAGCCAACGUAAAUGUUGAUGUUCAUGUGAAAGGCGUUGAAGCUGCUUGGGCAUGUCCGCGACAGCACGGUACAUAGCAUUCACGUUUUGUCUUGGGAAUAUGUGAAGGAACAAAGAUUGUGGUCAAAGCCUCAGGCAGCAGGCGCACGCAACGUGUAUGUGCAUCCAUGCAUGUCAAGACUCAAUAAGCUAGAGCUGCACUUGGAGCUGCAUAGCUAGGGACGCGGCAGUUGAUCGCGUAUGUUGAAAGGCAGGAGGCCGUGAGCCGGUAUGGCGCUGCUGGUAGAUGCAUGUACGAGUGAGUGGGUUCGUGGCGCAUUCUUGUUCCGGGUGUGGGCACACGGCGACUCGACGGUGUGGCAAGAGCCACGGAUGUACGAUGCGGACUGAAGUCGUGCGGGAAGCUGAAUGGCC